AUGUCGAUUCCGCGGACGAUUUCACGAAAGCUCGAGGAGAGCCCGGCUCGCUCUGGCGAGGACAUGCUUGAUCGGGAGAAUAUCGACAUUCGAGGAGGGCAGGAGCGAGGUGACCGCGCCUGCCGCAAGGCACUCAUUCGGACAGGCCGAGAAUCUGCCCGGUCGAAAGGACAUGGUGCCUCCCUUGAAUUUCCUCCUCCCUUGAAGCUUGCACACAACUCGCCCCGGCGGUACUAUGUUGUUCAAUGGUGA